GUUGCGUACUAUGGAUGGGUGACCUGAACUUUCGCAUCGACGAUAUGACUGCCGAUGAGGUCCAUGACAUUGUGCUAAACCGACGGCAUUCGGGCGAUAGUUUUGCCGCUCUAUUAGCAAAAGACCAGUUAUUACGUGUUAGACGGGAGGGCCGUGCGUUUAGUGAAUUCAGCGAGGCUGUACCUACAUUCGCACCCACCUAUAAAUUUGUC